GUACACUGCUCUCCCCCUGGAGCACAUCCAGCUCUUUUCAAGCCACUCAACGAUUCUGCUUGGUGCCUGCUGGCUAUGAGAGUCUCGACUUCAAACCAGGGUUUGUGCCAGAGGCUCACCUGGAGCACAUCCAGCAUUUUUAAAGCAUUCAUAGUUUCUCCAUGGUGCCUGCAACUAAUAAAAGGUGACGUUCCUCUGGCCCUUCUUUGGUUUUUCAGCAAGCCAUGCAAGCCCACCGAGCAGCAACAUCAUUUGCAAAGCGUGCCUCACUUUCAACCCACCCUCAACAACCCACGCACAUCGAGUAAAGCAGCCGGCUUAAUAUUUUUGUUACAUUCCUCUUGCGCUUCCUUGACAUUUCACCAAGUGCCCACCAAGUAACCCCUCUAAUUUUCAAAGUGUGCCUGGUCCAACUUUAACCCUCGUUCACCCUUACGCCUUGGAUAAGGUGUCGGGCUGCCUCUUUAGCGAUUUUCCACAAACUCCGGAUGCCCACCAAUCAGCUCAUCAUGUCCAACGAUUGAUUAUCUCACAGACGUCAAAAGCUAUUAUUUUAUUGAAUUUUUGUGCAUUUGGCUAUAUCAGCAAUGAUUCUUUGAAAUAAUAAAAU